UCCAUUUUUGUGGACACCUCACUCUUCAAACUUAACUAAAGCCUUGUUGGAGGAAGAAACCCAACCCAAUUCUCCCUGGAUAACGUUGUUGUCGAGUUUCCACUCUGUUGUUGUGUUCUCUCUGUUCUUUUGUCACUUGGAUAGUAGACAUGGUUUAACUUAGCGCUUCUUUCCAUUUUCAAUAUCCAAUGGCUUCUUCUUCCUUUCAUCUUUAUCAGCCUACACACUGCUUCUUCUCCAACACCCAGUUCACAGGUCUGCGCCAUGGCUUCUUCUGCCGACCCACUUACUCUCAUGCUCAAAACAAAGUGCAACCCAUCAAAGCUUCCGUUGCUGCACCCCCAUUUCCAUUGUUUCAGCCUCCCAAAGUUGAAGAACCAACGUCUGAGUUGGAGCCUGCAGACCCUGACUUCUAUAGGAUCGGUUAUGUUCGGAGCAUGCGAGCUUACGGGAUUGAUUUUAAGGAAGGGCCAGAUGGUUUUGGUGUGUAUGCUUCCAAAGAUGUAGAACCUCUUCGCCGGCCUAGGGUUAUAAUGGAAAUUCCUCUUGAAUUGAUGCUAACCAUAAGCAAGAAGCUACCGUGGAUGUUUUUCCCUGAUAUAAUUCCCAUUGGUCAUCCAAUAUUUGAUAUUAUCAACUCGACAAAUCCAGAGACAGAUUUGGACUUAAGGUUAGCAUGCCUCCUCUUAUAUUCAUUUGACUGCCAAGAAAACUUUUGGCAGUUAUAUGGUGACUUCUUACCAAGCGCAGAUGAGAGCACUAGCUUACUUCUAGCUACAGAGGAGGAACUUUUGGAGCUGCAGGAUCCUAAUCUUGCUUCUACUAUGAGAAGUCAGCAACAACGAGCAUUAGAAUUCUGGGAGAAAAACUGGCAUAGUGGUGCACCCCUUAAAAUAAAGCGUCUUGCUCGUGAUCCUCAGAGGUUCAUUUGGGCAGUAGGUAUUGCACAAUCACGAUGUAUUAAUAUGCAAAUGAGAGUUGGUGCGUUAACUCAAAACGCAAACAUGCUGGUUCCUUAUGCCGAUAUGCUGAACCAUUCAUUUGAGCCAAAUUGUUUUUUUCAUUGGCGUUUUAAGGACCGGAUGCUUGAAGUUCUUAUAAAUGCUGGGAGGCGGAUUAAAAAGGGAGAUGAGAUGACAGUUAAUUACAUGAGUGGUAUGAAGAAUGACAUGUUAAUGCAAAAAUAUGGAUUUUCGUCACCUGUGAAUCCUUGGGAUACGAUCGAAUUCUCAGGCAAUGCACGUAUUCAUUUGGAAUCCUUCUUGUCAAUCUUCAAUAUAUCUGGCCUUCCAGAGGAGUAUUUCCAUAACAAUAAUCUAUCGAACGAGGGGGAUACUUUUGUUGAUGGAGCAGUCAUAGCUGCAGCGCGAACAUUGCCAACAUGGUCAGAUGGGGAUGUGCCUCCGGUCCCCAGUGCAGAAAGAAAGGCUGUGAAGACGUUACAAGACGAAUGCCAAAAGAUGCUUUCUGGAUUCGCUACAACUUCAAAGCAAGACCAGAAAUUGCUAGAUUCCAUGCCUGAAGCUACAAGAACACUUGAAGCUGCACUAAAGUAUAGAUUGCACCGAAAAUUGUUCAUUGAGAAAGUUAUGCAAGCAUUGGAGAUCUAUCAAGAGAGAAUACUAUUCUGAUUCUAAUCUUAUUACUGUAUAAUAGGCAGGAAAAUUUUGUAACAUUGCUGAGUAGCUGUAAUCUUGUAUCACUAAAGUAAUGUUCUUCAUCCAUGGAUUGUUGGCUGUGUUCUACUAUAUUCAUUUGUUUUAUUAGAAAAGAGGUGUGGAAGUUUUCUUGUGUAAAA